AUUCUACAAUCAUAUUUAUAUGAAUUUAUUUAUUUGUCCUGUGCUUUUACACAAAAAGCCCGGGGUUUCUUUUUCAUUUUUCUGUCAGAGGGAUUAAACUCGCCUUUUUUGGAAAACGAGUACAGAGGUAAAGAACGCCAUGUUGACACGACACCGCCAUCUGGGAGGCCAAAUCUCACCAGGAAUAACGUUAUUCCCUGUAUUUUAUUACGUUACCUCAAUCAUCGACCAAUCGACUCGAGCCAACUUGUAUGAAGAAAGAAAGACGAGGUUGAAAGAGCUGAUUAACAAUACCGUCACCGACAUUCUCGACAAUUCAGCGAUUACAAAGCAUCGGUUGAUAACGUUCCCAUUUUGUACAAAAAAAUUAACUAAUUUUCUUUGAUUACAUUUUUUGUUGUGUGCUGUUCUGCAACAUAUUCUCAAACCGUCCGACAGUCUUUCACUGGCGAGCGGCCUACUUCAAGCUAACGGAGUAGCAUUGGCUUGUUGGCACGAGCGAGGCCGGCUAAGCUAACGGCUAAUGUGUAUACUUGAUGGUAAUCUCACGUCUGCGUUUUAAAGUGCUCUGUCGAUACAAACGUCGCGUUAACUGAUAACUUUAGUAUCAACUGCGUGUUUGUGGAUGGACCAGUAACGGCGUUUCAAUCACCGUAAAAUUCGGUCAGUUGGUGUGAACGUACCGCCAACAUGGAACCUCGUUUAUCUCUACGCACUUACCAAUAUCUCUCGGGUCGUCGUAUUUCUCCGUUAAUAACGCUCUUAUGAGCGCAUAUCGUAAGUCCCGGUUCGUCCUUGUAAUAUGUGGGAUUGUUCCCCCCUCGUUUCUCAAACGUUAACCAACCGUAAAAUAUAUAAUGUUUGCAAAUGUACGUGAUCGACUAAUCCUUUGUGUAGCCUGUUAGCUUACUUUAGCUAGCGUGUCUAGCUAACUGCUACGUGCUGUCAUUAAUGCGUGUCUGAUUAACACAUCACUUUUAUUCACAGUCGUCCCAACCAUCCACAAAAGUACCCCCACCCCCCCAAAAAAGUGUAAAACGUCUGCAAAGCAUCCCAGAAGUGUUUCAAGUCAAACACAAAGUUCCCUUUUUUUGUCUCCACAAUCCCCAGUUGGCAAAUGUGCUGCAUGUUAUACCUCAGUUGGCCCCAUUGCCAAGUCCCACAAACCCCUCUAGUGUCCCCUUAAAAGAUUCGGGAACAAAAAAAACAAAACGUUUUCAAUGUUUUUGAGUGCAAUAUGUGAAGAACUGACACAGCCGGAGGAUGUAGAGCUGGAGGAGGGCGAGCUGGAAGAUGACGGGGGAGAAGUAGAGGAGGAGGACAUCGGUGGAGGUACUUCUGUAGCAGCUGCAGGAGCAGUAGCAGCACCAGUAGUAGGAGGAGGAGGAGGAGGAGGAGGAGGAGGAGAUGGCGGUGAUGAAGCAGGCGAAGGUGGCGAAGUCGGAGGUGACGGGGCUGGCGAGAGGCCCCGUCGAAGCAAGGAGGGCCACGCCAGCAGCAACUCGGACGACGAGAGAUCCCACCGUCGCAAGAGGAAAAGGAAGAAGGACAGGGAUCGAGAGAAGAGGAGGUCCAAGAAGAAACGCAAAUCCAAACACAAACGCCAUGCGUCCUCUGAUGACGACCACUCCGACUUCAGUGACGACUCUGACUACAGUCCCAGUGAGAAGAAGCGGAAGUACAGAGAGUACAGUCCACAGUACCCUCCGCCGCCUACACACGGGGGGGGCUACGGCGGCCCAAAGAAGGGCAACUACAUGAAGAUGGACAAGCAGAGCUACGCAGGCUAUGACGAAUUCGAAGAGGAAAACUUUGAGGGGGAGGAAGAGGAGGACAUUGGGGACGAGGACUAUGACGACUUCACCAAAGAGCUCAACCAGUACCGGAAGGCCAAGGAGGGAGGAGGCGGCCGGGGUGGCGGACGAGGCGGCUCCUCGGCGGUCGGGUCAAAGCUGUUGGAGUUGAAAAACAGACUUAUGCACGGGGGCAAAGGUCGCAUGAAGAACCAGCGAGGCCGUGGAGGAAUGAGGGGAGGGAGGAGGGGACGAGGAGGAGGUGGCAGAGGAAGGGGAGGCCGUGGUGGAGGGGGGAAGAUGGGGGGAGAUAACGACGAUGGAGACGGCUAUGGAGAAGAGAUGGAGUUUGGAGAGGAGGACUAUGACAACAUCGGCGACGAUGACUACGAUGACUACUCAAAGGAACUCAACCAGUACAAGAAGUCCAAAGACAGAGGCAGAGGGAUGAAAGGUGGCCGCGGGCGAGGGAGGGGUAAAGGAGGACGGGGCAUGAUCAGAGGAGGAAGAGGUCGAAACCGCGGGAGAGGAAGAGGCGACAUGGGCAAUGACGACGACAACAACGGGGACAUGGACAACGGGGACGGAGGUGGUGGAGGCGAUGGACGCGAUGGACCGGGACCAGGGAGGAGGAAUAUGAACGAGAAGCACCAGGAUAAGAAAGGAAAGGCCAUCUGCAAGUACUACAUCGAGGGGCGCUGCACCUGGGGGGACCACUGCAACUUCAGCCACGACAUCGAGCUGCCCAAGAAGAAGGAGCUGUGCAAGUUCUACAUCACCGGAUUCUGUGCCCGAGCAGACCACUGUCCUUACAUGCAUGGUGAGUUCCCCUGCAAGCUGUUCCACACCACGGGGAACUGCGUCAACGGCGACGAGUGCAUGUUUUCCCAUGACGCCCUCAACGAUGACACCCAGGACCUGCUCAACAAGAUGCUGGCAGAGGACGCCGAGGCCGGAGCCGAGGAUGAGAAGGAGGUGGAGGAGCUGAAGAAGCAGGGGAUCAACCCCCUCCCCAAACCCCCUCCUGGAGUUGGUCUCCUCCCCACCCCUCCUCGGCCAGUCCCUCUGGACGCCAACCAGGGGCCUGGGGACUUUUGCGGCCCUCCGGUGGGUGACUUUGGAGGUCCUCCUGGACCUAACCAGGGGCCCAUGACCAACAAAUGUCCCCCUGGUCCAGGGCCCGGGCCCGGGGGACCUUGUGGGCCUAACCCCUGUGUUGGUCCGCCCCCGGACGGAAGUCCCUUCCAAGGCGGGCCCCCAAAUCUCAAUGUCCCUCCCCCCCACAUGGGCCCCCCACCUCCUUGUGGCGGAAUGGGAGGUUGCGGAGGGAAAAAGAUCCCCUCGCUGUUUGAGAUUAAAGUGAAGCCGACAGGGCAACUGGCUCAUAAACUGGCCGUCAGAGGCCAGACUCCCAGCACCACUCAGGGCCAGACCCCACCACCCCAAGGGGCCCCCGGUGGCCCCCCACCCUGCUUCCCUGCUCCCCCGGGGAUGAUGCCCCCUGACAUGCAGAACAUGGGCCCCAACCUCGGGAUGAACCAGGGGCCCCCAAACAUGGGCCCCGGAGGACCGCCCAUGAUGGGAGGAUUCCCCUCCGGCGACGGCCCUCCUCCAGGUCCUCCUCCAGGUCCUCCUCCAGGUCCUCCUCCGGGAGGAGGAAACUUCUUUAAUACCUUCUUCAAUCAGCAGGACGGUAUGCAGAUGGAGGGAGUGGUGCAAGAAGGUGACAACUACCAGGGUUUUGCUGGUAUGGACGAGAGAGACGGAAAUGUUGGAAAUCAGCCUGGCGGCCCAGACGGCUCUGCUAAUGGAGCGUCAGCCAAUCAGGGAGGGAUGUCCGUGCCCGACUUCCUGCCCCCCGCGCAGCGCGUCAUGUUCAUGAGGAUCCAACAGAAGCAGCAGGAGGAGGAGGAGAGAGCUCGCAGGAUGGCGGAGGGAGGAGCAGAGAAGAGCCGAGACACUGAAGGUGACUCGGGGAACUGGUACUCCAGUGAGGAUGAGGAUGGUGGCGGUAGCGUGACCUCCAUCUUGAAGACGCUCCGUCAGCAGACCCAGGCUCCGCAGAAAUCCGACGGCCCCCCGAGCGACCCCCGCCUCCAGAAGGCCCCUCCCGUCAGCGCUCCGGCUCGGCCGGCGGACCCCCGCUUGGCACGGGAUCCGCGCCUGGCGCGAGCCACGGACUCGGGUGACUCCGCCCAUCCCGUGCCGACUCUGUCGUCCGCCGGACCGCCUGCGGACCCCAGGUUGGCCCGGAUAGCGCCUCCCGCUUCGGUGGGACCCUCCUCCCGCUCGCCUCCCACUCCCAAACCGGAGCUGCCUCCGGUCUACAAGCCCCCGCCGCUCACAGCCCCGGCAGUGGAGGAGGAGGAGACUGAGCGGGCUCUACGGGACAAGCCGGUGCCGAUUCCUCUGGACCCGCUCAUGGGCAUGGCUCUGAGAGACCCGCGCUCGCAGCUGCAGCAGUUCAGCCACAUUAAGAAGGAUAUCCUUCUCCACAUGCCGGCCUUCUCCAAAACCAUCACCUGGUCUCCCGAAGAUCUCCUCCCUCUACCUCUCCCCAAGCAGGACCUCCUUCCACUCCCACCGGGCAUCCCUUCCGUGCCCUCCGUAGACCUGCGUCUGCCCCGCACUCAACCGCCACUCCAAACGCCGCUCCCUCAACCACAGCCACCUCCCGCUCAGCCCCCUCCCUCCUCACUGGACCGCCCUGCUCCCUCUUCUUCCUCUUCCUCCUCCUCCCUCCCAGAUUUUGAACUGCUGUCUCGUAUCCUGAAGACCGUCAACUCCAGCCCCUCCCAGGCUCCCUCCCCUCCUCACCUGCCCACACCUGUCGCCCCCAUGUCAUUGCUGGGCCCGCCUCCCCCGCUGGUAGAAAAGCCUGUUGACCCCCGCAUGUCCCGUAAAGGCCUCACCGACCCCCGUCUGCAGCCGCAGAAGUCGGCACUGAAACAACCAUCCGACCCCGCGCCUCCUCCCGCUGUCGCUACUCCCCAGGCAACCACAUCCAGCUCCUCCCCGCCCACCAUCGCCCCCUACGACCCACGGUUGCUCUCCUCAGGUGGGGCAGGCCGCGGUGUGGGAGUCGGGCCACCAGGGGGAGCCAGCGUGCUGAGCAGCAUCAGUCUUUAUAACCCUCGGACUAACAAACCAGCCAGCCCUGGUGUCAGCGGCGGCUCCAGCAACUCCCCCAACUCAGCCAGCACAGAGUCCAAACCCAGCGACCCCGCGGCAGUCAAACCCAAGUCCAAGGAGCCUCUGUUUGUCCGGAAGUCUGCGUUGGACCAGCCGGAGCCGGAAAAAAGCGCCGAGCUGGGAACCGACCGAUACAACAGCUACAACAGGCCCCGCCCCAAGCCCGCGCCCUCGCCCAACGCCACCGCCCAGGGGGGCCCUGCCGCAGCCGGCGGAGGCCAGGGCGCUCCCGGAGCUGCCGGUGAACAGGGGCCCGCGGGCGUCCAUAACCUCCCGGUGGCCUCUCUAUAUAGCGUGGUGAAGCAGGCGGCCAAGACCGGCGGGACGGGCAGCCCCUACGGAGGCAACAGCCCAGUGCAGCCCGACCAGGCGACCUCAGAGCAGGACAAAGCCUCGCUGAAAGACGUUUUCAAAGGCUUUGACCCCACAGCCUCGCCCUUCUGCCAGUGACCCCCCCCCCCCCUAAAGGACCGUUGAACCCUGAUGCCCGUCGUACAGACGGUCGUCAUCUUUUUGGACACUGAACAGAUCGGUGAAAAGGAGAAGAAAAAGCGCACUGAGGCGACUGCCCGUAAGACUGUAAGAAGGUUAAGAAGACAAACCUUUGUGAACAAACACACACACACACACACACACACUUUAGCACAGUGUUGCAGAUUCUAUAAAACUCUUGGGUUAUAGGAAGGGUUUAAAGUUAAAUAUCUAUUUUAAACAAACGUAUGGAUGUAUAUAUAAAUGUAUUCUCCUCUUCUCAUCGCUCAAAUGAACACCGUUGUUAAGGAGGCAACUAAAACACAUUUAUACAGAACUUUUUAGACUUUCAUUCAUCCUCUCCAUUUCAGUUCCUACAUCAUCUCCUCACCUUGAAGACGGUUUCAUUUUCGUCGGUCAAAGUUGACUCGGGCAACAGAGGAAAUGAUGGGAUACAGCUCAGCUUUCCCCCAUAAAAGUUUUUGCAAUUAAAGGAACGGCACUGAAGCGGAUCGGCAAGUUUGGUCAAACAUUAGCAUACUUUAAAAGAAAAUAUAACGCAGUAACAAUUGCAAAUACGUAAACUUAAAAUCUCUCUUCUGCUUCUUCUUUUUUCUUUCUUUUGGUAGUAUUUAUUUUCCUGUCUGUGUAUUAGUUUUUUAAUGUCUGUAGCUCCUCCAGCUCGAUAUGUACCGUUUCAUUUCUGAUAUUUUGCUCUUACCUGAAGUAACUGCUGAAGUGGCUCUCGGUUCUCCCUCUUUCACCCCUGUGGUUCCUUCGGCUCCGUGCUUUGCUCCCUUUCAGCGGUCCUGUUGCUUUCUCUUUUUUGUUUUAUCUUUCUGUGAGAAUGGAGAGUUGUUAAAUUAUUCAUUGGAGGUGGAAGAGAUGGAAAAGUUCCCCAUGUCCCAUUUUAGCAAGAAGACGGUCAGUCCUUCUGGAGCACGGAACCCGCCAGAAUACUAUAUUUUUUUAUAAAAGUAUCAACAAAAUCUAUAACGAGGAUUAAUGAAGAAGCAAAUUUAAAACUGACAUUUUUAUUUUUUCAAAUUUAUUCCACAAAUACCUACGUAUGUUUUAAUAUUAUUUUCAGUGUGUUUAAUGGCAUAUUCAUUAAUUUUAGUAUUUAUUUAGUCAGUUUUCGUCCUCCAUAAUCCACAGCAUGAGACGGUUACAUUCAACAAGUCUUCUUUUGCAUUCUGCGGAAAAGAACACAACAUAGCUUUACUGUGUAAAAUGCUUGUUUUACAUUUGAUAAUUUCACCGUAUUAAAAAUAAGAAGUCUCCGUCUAGCCUUUA